GGAUCUGCGUGGCCGAUCCCUACGAGGUCACGGUGAUGCAGGACUUCUUCAUCGACCUGCGGCUGCCCUACUCCGUGGUGCGCAAUGAGCAGGUGGAAGUCCGCGCCGUCCUCUACAACUACCGGGAGUCUGACUCCCUCAAGGUACGAGUGGAAUUGCUCUACAACCCAGCCUUCUGCAGCCUGGCCACCGCCAAGAAGAACCACCAGCAGACUGUGACCAUCCCGCCCAAGUCCUCGCUGCCCAUCCCCUACGUCCUCGUGCCUCUCAAGAUCGGCCUGCAGGAGGUGGAGGUCAAGGCCGCCGUCUACAACCGCUUCAUCAGCGACGGCGUCAAGAAGACCCUGAAGGUCGUGCCUGAAGGAAUGCCAAUCAACAAAACUGUGGCUGUUCGAACCCUGGACCCAGAGAACCUUGGCCAAGGGGGCGUCCAGAAAGAGGAAAUCCCUCCGGCGGAUAUCAGCGACCAAGUCCCAGGGACCGAGUCUGAGACCAAAAUCCUCCUGCAAGGGACCCCCGUGGCCCAGAUGACGGAGGAUGCCAUCGACGGCGAGCGGCUGAAGCACCUCAUCGUGACGCCGUCCGGCUGCGGGGAGCAGAACAUGAUCGCCAUGACGCCCACGGUCAUCGCCGUGCACUACCUGGACCACACCGAGCAGUGGGACAAGUUCUCCCUGGAGAAGCGGCAGGAGGCACUGGAGCUCAUCAAGAAAGGCUACACCCAGCAGCUGGCCUUCAAGCAACCCAACUCGGCCUAUGCAGCCUUCCUGAACAGGGCACCCAGCACCUGGCUGACCGCCUAUGUGGUCAAGGUCUUCUCUCUGGCCGUCAACCUCAUCGCCAUCGACUCCCAGGUCCUGUGUGGGGCCGUGAAGUGGCUGAUCAUGGAGAAGCAGAAGCCGGAUGGGGUCUUCCAAGAGGACGCACCUGUGAUACACCAAGAAAUGAUCGGUGGCCAGCGGAACUCUGUCGAGAAGGAAGCGGCCCUCACCGCCUUCGUUCUCAUCGCCCUGCAGGAGGCUAGAGAGAUUUGCGAGGAGCAAGUCAACAGCCUGGCAGCCAGCAUCAACAAAUCAAGGGACUUCCUUGCAGCCAAUUACAUGAAUCUGCAGAGACCCUACAGUGUGGCCAUCGCUGGCUAUGCCCUGGCCCAGCAGGACAAGCUACGGGGAGCAUUCCUAAACAAAUUCCUGAGCAAAGCCAAAGAAAAGAACCGCUGGGAGGAGCCGGGUCAGAGGCUCUACAACGUGGAGGCCACGUCCUACGCCCUCCUGGCCCUGCUGCUGCUCAGAGACUUUGAUUCGGUGCCUCCGGUUGUGCGCUGGCUGAACGAGCAGAGAUACUAUGGCGGUGGCUACGGCUCGACCCAGGCCACCUUCAUGGUGUUCCAGGCUCUGGCCCAAUACCAAACCGAUGUGCCUGACCACAAGGACUUGAACAUGGUGGUGUCCAUCCAGCUGCCCAGCCGCAGCUCCCCGGUCAAGCACCGCAUUGUCUGGGAUUCCGCCAGCCUCCUGCGGUCAGAAGAGACCAAGGAAAAUCAGGGUUUCACGCUAACAGCUCAAGGGAAAGGCCAAGGCACCUUAUCGGUGGUGACAACCUACUUCGCCAAGGUCAAAGGCAAAGUCACCUGCAAGAAGUUUGACCUCAGGGUCAACAUAAGACCAGCCCCUGAGACAGUGAAGAAGCCGCAGGAUGCUAAGAGCACAAUGAUCCUGGACAUCUGUACCAGGUACCUGGGAGACGAGGAUGCCACCAUGUCUAUCCUCGAUAUAUCCAUGAUGACCGGCUUCGUCCCUGACACAGAUGACCUCAACCUGCUGAGCACUGGUGUGGACAGAUACAUCUCCAAGUAUGAACUGAACAAGGCCUUCUCCAACAAGAACACCCUCAUCAUCUACCUGGACAAGAUCUCACACUCCCGGGAAGAAUGUCUGUCCUUCAAAGUCCACCAGUACUUUAACGUGGGGCUUAUCCAGCCGGGAGCUGUCAAGGUCUACUCCUACUACAACCUGGAGGAAACCUGCACCCAGUUCUACCACCCGGAGAAAGAGGACGGGAUGCUGAGCAAGCUGUGUCACAAGGAGAUGUGCCGCUGUGCCGAGGAGAACUGCUUCAUGCAGCAGCUGGAUGAGAAGGUCACCCUGAACGACCGGCUGGACAAGGCUUGCGAGCCAGGCGUGGACUAUGUGUACAAGACCAAGCUGGUCCAGGUGGAGCGGGCAGAUGACUUCGAUGAGUAUCUAAUGGUCGUGGAGAACACCAUCAAGUCAGGCUCCGACGAGGUGCAGGCCGGGCAGCAGCGCCGGUUCAUCAGCCAUAUCAAGUGCAGAGACGCGCUGAAGCUGAAGGACGGGAAGCACUACCUCGUGUGGGGGCUCUCCUCCGACCUGUGGGGCGAGAAACCCAACACCAGCUACAUCAUCGGCAAGGACACCUGGGUGGAGUUUUGGCCCGAGAAGGAAGAAUGCCAAGAUGAGGAGAACCAGAAACACUGUGAGGACCUGGACGCCUUCGCCGAGAGCAUGGUCGUCUUUGGCUGCCCCAACUGACCCCGCCCCCCCCCCGCGGGUUCCCCCCAAUAAAGACAGACUUCACCUGUC